UGUGAGUGUGCAGUUGAGCGCUGGUGCUCCUUAGGAGAUCUCUCUCUGUGCAGAAUGGAGCCUGUGGACCUGCUGACCGCUCUCCUGCUGCUGCUGACCACUACAGUGAGUGGACUCCUCACCCAGUCACAGGACAUGCGAGUGAUUGACCUGUUGGAGCUGCGGGAUGCUGGUCAGACGGCGGCGGCUGUGGAGAACGUGUCCGGAGGUUUGGGGAGUGUACAGGACCUGUUUAUCACCUCCACGUUCAGGCUGCCUCCGAAACUGGGCGGAGUGCUGUUCGGCCUCUACGGCAAAGAGGACAAUAAAAAAUACCUGGAGGUCGCUGUGAUCGGCAAGAUCAACAAACUGUUGGUGCGGUAUUUGCGCUCUGAUGGUAAAGUCCACUCAGUAAACCUACAGAACCCGUCUCUCUCUGAGGGCCGGACUCAGUCUGUGAUCCUCCGCGUAGCUGGACUCAGACGAAGCCACAUUAACAUGGAGCUUUAUGUUAACUGCCGAUUGGCCGACUCCGCCCAGGGCCUGCCCUCGUUCGUCAAGCUCCCGCCGAAGGCGGAGUCUGUGGAUGUGCGCACAGGAGAAAAGGCGUACGCCAGAAUACAGGGCUCAGUGGAGUCUAUAAAGCUGGCUCUGGGCGGCUCUUUGGCCAGAGCUGGACUCCUCAUCGACUGUCCGUUCCAGGGAGACUCUAGUUUGCACAAUGCAGUCAGCAGUGACAUUAACGCCAUACUGGGUGAUCACACCAAAGCUCUGAUCGGUCAGCUGAUCAUCUUUAAUCAGAUCAUGGGAGAGCUGAGAGAGGACAUCAGGGAGCAGACGAAGGAGAUGUCUCUGAUCAGAAACACCAUCCUGGAAUGCCAAGUGUGUGGUUUCCAUGAGCCCCAGUCCCGCUGUAUCCCGAGCCCCUGCUAUAAAGGUGUGUCCUGUAUGGAGGUGAUGGAGUAUCCAGGAUAUCGCUGUGGCCCGUGUCCAGAGGGCAUGACCGGCAAUGGGACGCACUGCCAGGACAUUGACGAGUGUUCCAUAGAGCCGUGUUUUUCCUCUCAGGCCUGCGUGAACAUGGCUAAAGGUUUCCGCUGUGAUCCGUGUCCUGCGGGCUUUUCGGGCCCCGUCCUCAGCGGAGUCGGUCUAGAGUUCGCCAAAAAACACAAACAGGAAUGCGUGGAUAUUGAUGAAUGUGCGGAUCAGACUGGAGCCUGCGUGCCCAACUCGGUCUGCAUCAACACAGCAGGCUCGUUCCGGUGUGGUCAGUGUAAGGCGGGUUUUGUGGGGAAUCAGACCACAGGCUGUUUCCUGAGGAGAACCUGCGCUCUGCUGGGCUUCAGCCCCUGCGACGUCAACGCCCACUGCGUGAUGGAGCACGGCUCUGACGUCAUCUGCAUGUGUAAUGUGGGUUUUGCGGGUAACGGUAAUAUCUGUGGGGUGGACUCUGACCUUGAUGGCUAUCCCGAUGAAGCUCUGCCUUGCAUGGACAACGACAAACACUGUAGACCCGAUAACUGCGUGUCCACUCCAAACUCUGGCCAAGAGGACGCGGAUGGGGACGGAAUUGGCGACCAGUGUGAUGAAGACGCAGAUGGAGACGGAAUAAAGAAUGUGGAGGAUAACUGUCGGUUGGUGCCCAAUAAGGAUCAGCAGAACUCAGACACAGACUCUUUCGGGGAUGCCUGUGAUAACUGCCCCAACGCCCCUAACGCUGACCAACUGGACACUGACGGCAACGGAGCGGGAGACAUCUGUGACAACGACAUUGAUGGAGACGGAAUCCCUAACACACUGGACAACUGUCCGAAAAUCCCCAACCCCAUGCAGACGGACCGCGAUGGAGACGGAGUGGGAGAUGUGUGUGACACCUGCCCUGAGGUCAAUGACCCCACCCAGUCGGAUACUGACAACGACUUGGUGGGAGACAUAUGUGACACAAACCAGGACAGUGAUGGUGACGGCCUCCAGGACUCGAGAGAUAACUGCCCUGAAAUCCCCAACAGCUCUCAGCUCAACUCAGACCUCGACGGCGCUGGAGAUGAGUGUGAUGAUGAUGAUGAUAAUGAUGGAGUUCCAGAUAUCCUUCCUCCAGGCCCUGAUAACUGCAGACUCAUUCCCAACCCCAGCCAGAAAGAUUCGGACGGUGAUGGUGUUGGUGACGUGUGUGAGACUGACUUUGAUAACGAUAAAGUGAAUGACCUGGUGGACGUUUGCCCUGAAAGUGCUGAGGUCACCAUGACGGACUUCAGAGCCUUCCAGACGGUCAUCCUGGACCCAGAGGGUGAUGCGCAGAUCGACCCCAACUGGGUGGUGCUCAAUCAGGGGAUGGAGAUAGUACAGACUAUGAACAGUGACCCGGGUUUGGCUGUGGGCUACACGGCAUUUAAUGGUGUUGACUUUGAGGGCACCUUCCAUGUGAACACAGCCACCGACGACGACUACGUGGGCUUCAUCUUCGGCUACCAGGACUCGUCCAGUUUCUACGUGGUGAUGUGGAAGCAGACGGGGCAGGUGUACUGGCAGAACCUGCCGUUCAGAGCGUCAGCCCAGCCGGCCCUGCAGCUGAAGGCGGUGAAGUCCCGUACCGGGCCAGGGGAGUACCUGAGGAACGCUCUGUGGCACACAGGAGACACCCCUGGGGAGACCACCCUGUUAUGGAAGGACCCCCGGAACGUGGGCUGGAGAGACAAAACAUCGUACCGCUGGCAACUCAGCCACCGGCCACAGGUGGGCUACAUCAGAGUGAAGCUGUAUGAAGGUAACGCUCUGGUAGCGGACUCAGGCGUGGUGAUUGACACGUCAAUGAGAGGCGGGCGACUCGGUGUGUUCUGCUUCUCGCAGGAGAACAUCAUCUGGUCCAACCUGGGAUACCGCUGUAACGAUACCAUCCCAGAUGACUUUUACCUCUACCAGAAACAGAUGAGCCUCAGGCUGGGAGCUUAACAGAACAUCAGCAUCUUUACUAGGGACUUUAAGCAACAACAUU